AUGGAAUUUUAUUACCAACGCUUGUUACCUUUUAAACACAUCUUCACUUGGACCAGUCAUUCACCAAAACCAACAAAGGACUUUACAAUGAGAGAAUUUGCAUAUGAAUAUAGGAGUACUGCGUAUAAGCGUUACAAUUCAUACAGUGACUUGGAAGAAUUCAAAAAGGCCGUGAUUUCUGCCAACCCUACGCGUUUCGAAAUUGGGGCUGUUUACAAAGUGGCCCCCAAAGAGAGAUACAAUCUACCCAAACAAGCAUUAAAGCCGGUGAGUAAGGAAUUGGUGUUUGAUAUUGAUUUGACAGAUUACGAUGAGAUCAGAACUUGUUGCCAAGGGACAGAUAUUUGUUGCAAAUGUUGGAAGUUUAUUCAAGUUGGGUCAACGAUUAUUGAGGAUUGUUUGAGACAAGACUUUGGUUUCCAACACUUGGUUUGGGUGUUCUCGGGACGUAGGGGUGCCCAUUGUUGGGUCAGUGAUAAGAGAGCAAGGGAAUUGGAUGAGAAUAGUAGGAGAUCCAUUGUGGAGUAUCUUGACGUUUUAGGCGGUAAGCAUGCCAAAGGGUCUAAGGGGCUACAUGUAAGGAAACCAUUCCAUCCUCAUGUUGAAAGAAGUUUUGAAAGUAUGAAAAGGAGAUUUAUUGAAAUCAUUUUAGAAGACCAAGAUCCGUGGUAUACUGAUCCAAAUACUGAGCUGGAUUCAAAAAAUUGGAAACAGGUAGAAGAACUUUUAAGUUUUAUGCCAAAUAAGGAGUUGCAAGCAGAGUUGAGAAAAAAAUGGCAAGGAGAACGCAAAGUAUCUACAUCCAAAGACAAAUGGGAGGAUUUGAACACCAUUGCAGCAAAACUUUUCAAGACAAAUAUACAAGUAGCCUUAUUGCUGGAUGCAAAGAAGGAAGUUAUUAUCUACUACCUUUACCCAAGGUUGGAUAUUGAGGUCUCUAGACAAAUCAUCCAUUUGUUGAAAUCUCCCUUUUGUGUGCAUCCUGGUACAGGAAAUGUGUGUGUACCAUUUGAUCCAAAAAAGAACAUUUCGGGUGUUGCUCUGGAUGAUGCAUACGGAUUCAAUCCAACAACUGCACCAAACUUGAAGCAAUUACUUACUGAACUCGAUGACUAUGAGAGAAAUGGAAGCGGUGAUAUCGAUGAUGUGAAUGUACCUGCUUGGGACAAGACCAGUCUCAAACCAUACGUAGACUUGUUCAAGAAGCAUGUGAAGAAUUUGGUAACGGCAGAAAUGAAGACAGAGAAAAGAGAGUUGGAUUCUGAUCCUUAUGAAUUCUAA